GAGCCCGCGAAACUUAACCUUACUUUUCUGUUUGUAUACAAGAUUAAUCGGUGAGCUUGAUCGUGGGUGUUUUUCUUGAAAAUUCGAGUAAAAUCGGUGAAAAUGCCUGUGGAUUAUCGCAGAAACAAUGGACCAGAGUCCUCGGUAUCUUACCAUCUCAACACCAGCACGUAUUUGCAAUCUUAUGAGGAGAAAUUGAAGAUAGUGCUUCAAGAGGAUUCGCGGAAGGAUGGAAGGAAACUGACGGAUUCCCGAAAGAUCUUCAUCAAAAGUGGCAUUGUAGGGAAGGCGAAAGGAGCAGCAUAUAUAGAAUUGGGAGCAACAAAAGUUAUCGUGUCAGUCUUUGAUCCUAGAGAGAUUCCCAAGCAGAGCAAGUACUCCAUUCAUGGCGAGCUCUUUUGUGACUUCAAGUAUUCCCCUUUCGCUUGUCUCCACCGGAAGUCUCAGCAGACAGACAAUGAAGAGAAGAGUCUCGCCCAGGCACUGAAGAGAGCUUUGGAGCCGGCAAUUUGUCGUCAUGAAUUCCCGAAUUUUCAAGUGGACAUCUUCGCUAAUGUGUUGGAGGAUGACGGAUCAGCCCUGGCAGCUGCUAUCACAGCUUCCGGCCUGGCUGUAGCGGAUGCAGGAAUUCCCAUGUUUGACAUUCUGACGGCAACGAACGCUGGAAUCAUAGGAAAUCAGAUUCUUCUGGAUCCCACGCGUCAAGAGGAGGAACUCUGUCUGUCUACAUGCAGUCCGAAUGAUCAUGGCAUCAUUACAGUGGCCAGGAUGUCUACACAUGAGCAAAUUUCCGAGAUUUGGCAAUCCGGAUGCAUUCAAAUGAAAACUCUUCAGGAAGCCAUUGAUUGCCUUGUGGAGGCCAAUAGAAGUGUCGCUCCCAUCAUUCAACAAACCCUCAUUGAGCGUGUUACAAAGUUUAUUGAAAAAAAGCCUGAUUCUUCUUAA